CCUAAUUGUGCGUCAUUCCCACAGGAUGGAACUAUUUACUCCAUCCGCUGUUCAGUCUUCUACAGUGUUUGUCCUUGAAUGGAUGUGUUCGAAUUGCUGUGGUCGCCCGUGACUUGGGCUGUAACCGUCGUAUCUUGCCUUUACAUUUUAUAUAAGUAUGUUACGUCGCAGUUUAAUUACUUUGUUGAUCAAGGCAUCCCGGGUCCCAAGCCUGUGCCUUUUUUUGGAAAUGUGUGGGGACUAUGGAAGAAGAAUACUGCAGAGCACGACACUUCACUGGUGAAAAAGUAUGGCAAGAUUUUCGGUUAUUUUGACGGCCCAAAUCCAAAUCUUUGGAUCACGGAUACUGAAAUGAUCAAAUCCAUUUUCGUUAAAGACUUUGACCACUUUGUCGAUCGCAGGUAUUUUCAGUUCAAAACAAAAAUUGUCCGCAAAUGGUUGACAGUUAUUCGAGGACAAGAGUGGAAAGACCUUCGCUCAUCCGUUACGCCGGCUUUCACUACUGGUAAAAUUAAACGAAUGUCCUUGCUGAUUAACGACUGCGUCCACAAGCUAUGUGAUAGUAUAGCUGCACAAACCGAAGGGAAAAUUAAUGCCAAGCUGAUAUUCAGUGCUUUCACUAUGGACGUAAUUGCACGAUGCGCCUUCGGGUUGAAAAUCGACAGUCUCGGAAACAAAGACGAUCCAUUCGUACAAAACGCUCAGUAUAUCUUCAAUCCACCAUCUAAUAAAACCCCACUCAUCCUACUGCCUUUCACGUAUCCCAAGUUAUUUUCUCUGUUUGGCGAAAGUCUUUUUGUUACCAAGCAACUCAAAUUCUUUUUCCAGUUACUGCAGAAUAUGUUACGAGAACGAUCACAAUCCAAAGAGAAAUAUCACGAUUUUAUUGAAGUGGCUGAUGAGGCGAUCACUGAGUUUACGAAGGAACUUGGCGGCAAAAAGGUUGCGAUGUGGUCACGAGAGGAAAUAGAAGAAAUUAUUAUAGGCCAGUCGACACUGUUUAUGCUGGCUGGUUUCGACACAACGGCGACUACCCUUACGAACACUUGCUUUGAGCUAGCCAGGAAUCCAGAUAUCCAGGAUAAGUUGUACGACAGCAUCUUGACAAAACUGGAAGAUUAUGAUGACAUCUGUCACGAGUUGAUCCAAGAUGUGCCAUAUCUCGAACAAGUUAUUCUAGAAGUUCUACGCUUUUACCCACCAGCCGUGCGAACUGAACGGCAAUGCACAAAAGAUGUAUCUUAUGACAACGGUCGUAUCAACAUUAAGGCAGGAGUCAUGGUCACCAUACCGAUCUACGCCCUCCAUCACAUGGAAGAAUACUAUUCAAAUCCAGAAAAAUUCGACCCCGAAAGAUGGACCCCUGAAAACAAAGCCAAACGUAAUCCUUACAGCUUUAUGGCUUUCGGAGCAGGCCCGCGCAAUUGUGUGGGGAUGCGAUUUGCGAUGGAGGAAAUGAAAAUGGCUAUUUGCACACUUGUCAAGAAAUUUCGGUUCUUUGCUGUGAAAGAAACUCCGGAAAAGCUCCAAUUUGAUGACGGAUUUCAAACUGCUUUGCAACCCACUCAUGCAAUUUUGGGCUUUGAAGCACGUCAUUCCGAUUUCAAGUCAACUAGUGUGGCUUUUGUGUGCCAAUCAAUAAAGCAGGAGAUUUGAAAAGCUCUUGAAUCAUUAAGAGUUGGUGGCGUUCGGCUGUUUUCAAAGAACCGACGUUUAUGACAAUUCGUUAUAACCAAAAUAAAAAUCCCGAAAAAAAUUUUAAGCCCGGCUAAAUAAACCCGACUAAAUAAG